AUGGCGCCCCCAAAAAGCGAUAAAGACCCUCUCCCCUGUCCCUCGUGGAUUUUUUCUACUGGGACUAAUGUUCAUGUCGCCAAGGAUCGAUCAUGGUUCGCUGAUGAUUACACGUCGAUUGAAUCGUUUAUAGAGGGCCGGUUCGGAGAUCAACUGCCGGUCAUCGACAUAGGCACGGUCAAUCUUCCCACCAAAGUUGCCGCCAAGAAGACUGGCCUAACCUCGCAUGGAACACUUCGUUUGGAAAAUGUGCUGCAUGUCCCUAGCGCCCUCUGCAACAUUGUGGGCACUCCUAUCUUCGACCCCUUCACUUUCUCGUUUUCAUCCAGGGCAUUCACGGAUCCCGCCACUGGCCGUCAAGUGGCGUAUUGUAAGCCUGAUACAACGCUCCUGGAAAUCCGACUCGGCGGGCCCCCGGUUGGACUCCCGAAGCAACUGCGGUGGAUCAAAGGCGACUAUGGUAGCUCGGUAAAUUUCAUGCUCUCAUAUGGGCUCACGUUCUACAAAGAUGAGGACUGUGAGGAGGCCCAGGCGAUUGCCAAUGCCUUGACCAUGGACGACUCUGACGAUAGCGACGCCGACUUCACAGAUAGCGAACAUUCUUUCCAAGAGCCUGUGCUUGAGACUAACUAUCUUUUUUCCCCAAAGCAAGUUCAAUGGCUAGAGAGAAAAUACGGCUCAACACAAAAUUUCAUGGUCGUUCAAAAGCUAAAUGCCGUUUUGGGGUCAGAUUGCGAUGAUGCCCGGAUCAGAGCCAAGGCUCUAAUGGCUGAAGCUGGUCUUACCGACGAUGACAGCGACGCCUUCUGGGUAGAGGAGGAUGACACUCAAAACAACGCGACCGACCGUCUGUUUUCACCAUUAGAGCUUAGAUACGUAAGAUGCUGGUAUAUCAGCUCGAAGAACUACAUGGCUAUCUUCGGAUAUGAUGUUGCAGUUGAAGCGGAUUGCAAGAUGGGUCAAGCCUCGAUCCAGAGCGAAAUGAAGAGUGAAGUUGAGAUGGAUGGUAAAUGA